CACUACUUCUCCAAACACUACUAGUAUUCUACCUAUUAUGCUGGCUCCCCGGGACGUACAGAACGCCCGUGGCAGCGCGUCUCAGGGAAUGCUUCUGAUAGAUUUGUUGUCAGCAAGGAUCAACACUGCACACAAUGGCCGCCAUCAAUGGGACGAAUGGUAUCUCGACCAGGUUGCUCACAGCCCCUGAACGAAGUGCGCUAUUGCCGCGCAACGAAAGCGACAUCGUUGGGGCGAGCCAUGUUAAUGAGCCAAAACCCGCCCGGGUUAUCUUUAUCGGCGCGGGCCUUUCUGGGAUCGCAUUUGCCUACAAGGCAAAUCAGAUCGAAAAACUAUCCUACACCAUCUACGAGAAGAACGCAGAUACCGGUGGCGUCUGGCUCGAGCACCGCUAUCCUGGCGUCUCCUGUGAUGUGCCGGCUCACGGCUACAGUUAUACCUGGAGAGCCAAUCCCGACUGGAGCCGGUUCUACGCCAGCGGCGAAGAGAUUUGCCAAUGGUAUCAGAAGCUGGCCAGGGAGUACGGCGUCUAUGAGCAUACCAAGUUCAAUCACAAAGUAGUCGGUGCAAAGUGGGACGAUGAGAGCCAGCUUUGGACCGUCGAAGUCGACAACCUGGCGGCGGGACACCGCUUCACCGACACAGCCGAGGUCUUGGUGAACGGAGGGGGCCCGCUGGAUAACUGGAAGUGGCCUGAUAUCGAAGGUCUUCAUGAUUUCCAGGGCCCUGUACUUCAUACUGCGAAAUGGGAUAGCAGCAUUACGUUGAAAGGGAAAAGGGUGGCAGUCAUCGGAUCCGGCGCGUCGGGGAUCCAGCUUGUACCUCAGCUACAGCCCAUCGUCAGUAAGCUUGUCUCCUUCAACAGGUCACCCAACUGGAUCGCGCCCCAGUUUGCCGGACAGCUUGCAGAACACGGGCGCGACACUGUGUACACGGCGGAUCAGAAAGAGGAGUGGCGAAACCACCCCGAGAAACUGAGAGACUACCGGAGAGUUGUCGAGCACACCAUGAAUGCCCAUUUCCCCUCGUUUUACAAGUACUCCGAAGCUCAAAAGGCGGAUCGAGCAGCAGUUGCCGAGAGCAUGCGAAAGCGACUGAACAACGACUCAAUACUGUGCAAAAAACUCAUUCCUAAUUUCGAACUGGGUUGUAGACGCGUGACGCCUGGAAAUGGCUACCUUGAGGCUAUAACUAAGGAGAAUGCCGAGGUGGUCACCACGGGCAUCCGAAAGGUCGUCCCUAGUGGCAUCAUCAGCAACGAUGGACAGCUGCACGAGGUAGACGUUAUCGUUACCGCGACGGGAUACGAUACCUCGUUCGUCCCCCGGUUUCCCAUUAUCGGGACGGGCACGGUGAAUCUACAGGACAAGUGGAGGGAAGAAGGGGCAGCAGCGUACCUAUCGGUCGCUGUUCCCGGCUUCCCGAACUACUUCACGAUCCUUGGUCCCAACGCGCCCAUAAGUAACGGGUCUUUGGUGACUGCCAUGGAGCAUUUGCUCGACUACGCGCUUACGUUCGUACAGAAAAUUCAGAAAGAAGGCGUUACGUCGGCAGCGGUGAGUGAUGAGGCGGCAGCCGAGUUCAACGAAUGGAAAAACGAGAUCAUGAAGGGCCUGUCAUGGAGCGGUUCGUGUACGAGCUGGUACAAGAAUGGGAUGGUGGAUGGCCCGGUUAUCGGGCCAUGGCCAGGCUCGGUGAACCACUUCCUAGAGAUCAUCAAGCACCCCAGGUACGAAGAUUUCAUCUUCAAGUACAAGUCCAGGAACCGAUUCACGUAUUUCGGAGACGGGAGGUCUACUAAGGAAGCGAAAGGGUUACCGCUAGGCUGGUAUAUUCAGUAGUAACCGAGGCUCAAGGCCUCCAGGUUAAGGGGUCUGUAAAUAACACGACCUCAUAAAUACAUGAUCAUUUU